CGAACGCUAUACGCUAGUUUUAGACGGUUAUUUGAUGUCUCUUUACCAUAUUUUACUUAACUCAUAUUGAUAGACUUGAUAUAUAGCCCUUUGGCUACUAAGUUAUUGCACAUUGCACAGAUUUGGUAAAAAACUAUUUCGGAUAAAAAAAACAUUUCAAUUAUAUACAAAAGUUUUUACCAUAUAGUAAUAUCUCACAUAGGUAAGUUUAUGGCGACAAACAUGUUUUAGUUUUUAAACGGCGAUUAAAGUUAGGUCAUUUAUGCUGUUAACUGAUGCGGAACUUUCCCUUUCUUUUCCACGUUUGCUGCAAGUCACUCGGUGUGUCUGCAUUAUUCCAGUGCCUUGAAGAGGUACAUACAUGUAUAUCCCGAUAGGACUCCAGCCAGGUGUUGGGAACCAACUGUCAACGGCAAGCACUUGUUUCGUUACUUCCUUUCAUGUGACCAAACCGUGCGGAGUGGGUAACGAAGUUGUGAGAGAAAGUUCAACGCCAAGUAAUAUUGAACCUCCCCGUGGUAGAGGCAUGAGAGAAUAGCAGUGUGUAGGUUGUAAAUGAGGCAUCGCGGUAGAGGAUGACCGGUUGAAGAGAUGGUUGUGCCACCUAAUGCGACGGGUGAGGGAAUGUGUGUGAGUUUACGAGAAAGAAAUUCCGCAUAGCAUGUAUGUUUCGCACUCACCCAACCCGCGGAUGUGUGGUUUUUCGUUCGUUGGCGAAGAAAAUAAGAGGUAAAACAUUUUAUAGUAAACAUUUCUUUCUUGUAAACUCAGUACCGUCUUGGCGGCAAAGGUGUGCGGAUCGUUGAAUGAAGCUACAGUGCAUUAGUGAGGACAAAUUCUGUGCUUGUUGAAUAUGUGAUGGAUUGUUGGUGUAUUGUUUCUUCCACCUACGAAUGAUGGGUACUUCAUUUUAAAAUUACAAAUGUGCAUGGUUUAAAUGGAACGUUCAUGACAGUCGUCGUUGCUAUUGAAGAAACGAACCUGAGUGAUAAUCGCAUUGCUAUUGAAGAAACGAACCUGAGCGAUAAUCCCAUUGGAAUGAUAAUCAGAUAGCGAUUACGUUUGCAAUUUUUGAGUGUUGAAAACGCGUUGAAAACGUAUCGACUAUUUCGUUAACGUUCAUUAUGAACAGCAAAACUAGCUUCAAGCUAUUCGAAAUACAGUGAGAAAUCAAUACUAAAAACUGAAUAGUACAGUUUAUAAGAACAUAAAGUGUUUUUGCUAUUUAAGUUCCCGUUACCGAUCGAUUCGGUAAAAUACUUACAUAUAUAAGGGUGGCUGUCACUGCAAGUAUCAUAAACAUGAGGAAGUACUGGCUUCUUCUACUACUACCCUUCGCAGUCUUGGGAAGUAGGUCGCCGGCAGCUGUGUUUGAAGAUGUGUUUGAACUAGGUCGUCCCAAUGCAGCCUUCCUGGCGACGACCGAAAGUCGGAAUGGAAUGAAGGCAUACUUGAGAAAAAAAUAUCGUCAAAUGCGUGAUCCACUUCCGCAAGCUUCAAUGAUGGCUGCUUACACUGCUGCACAUGAGCGGUAUCAAAACUUGGAGGAGAAACAGUACGAUCGCGUACGUGUCGAAAAUUUGCGCAAGUUGACCUCAGUUCGUACGAAGCGUUUAGAUGGUCAACAAGCAUCUGCGAAAAACCCGAAAAGGCUCGAUAUAAUUCCGCGGGAAAUGAUUAAGUUUGAGUUAUCUGAUGCCAUGAUUUUCUCUCCAGACCUCGAAUCACAAUCUGCCGAUCAGUCAAAAGCUCGCACAAAACGUGAAGAACAAGAGCCGGUUCGCAUUGAGCCGGUUCCUCGAGAGAUACUCCGAUUCGAGCUAACUGAUGCAAUCGUAUCUAGAAAGAAAAGUGAAACGGUAAACGGUAGUUCGACAGUAGCUCGAAGGCAUCGACGGUCGGCUAGUCCCGAUCCGCGUGAUUACGUAAAGUUUGAGCUGGAAGAUGCUAAGCGGUCCGAGGGGUACGCUGGAAAAAGCGUGAAGGUAACAGAAAAUUUGCGACAUCCCUUUACGUCUUCCGAUAGCUACAGGCGUGGUAAAGUGUUUGAUGAAGUAGUUGAGCGUCCGGUAUCGAGCGGAAGGAACGGCGAGGCAAGCAAGAAAGAAAAACGCGAAAGUGCUCAACCUUUGGAAGACGACGAAGGAGGUGAUAUGAGCCCAGAGGAGUCUCGGCGCAUUAAAAUCAGAGGUAAAAAGCAGAAGCAGAUUGCUAAUUACGAGGACCUUCCUCUUGGUGUGCAGAAAGCGAUUGAUAUAGCGCUUAAAGAAAAUGAACGUAUGAAUGGAAAGGGUAGAGAUGGAACACCGGAUGGAUCGGUAGUGCAAUCAACUCCAAAGUACUUUUUUGGUAAUAAGAAACCGAAGACGAAAAAACCGUAUAGCAGUACGACAAAAAUUUCAGAACCAAAGUUUGUGCCCAGUACCAAACUAUCAGAAACACCACUGCCAGUUGUCGAAGAGGAGUCUAACGGACAAACUGGGUUCAUUCCGAGUAGGCCAAUGGGUAUAGAUGCCAUAGCGUCUCCGGAAACGACCGAUUCAAGCAAACCAAUGGGCUCAACAAUACAGGGCAUCCCGAAAGCGUGGUGGUCGUAUUCGGAUCUGCGACGACCGAAACGGUUAUAUCACAAAGUUCCGGUACAACCAUUGGUAAUUAGUCCGCAAUAUGUGAAUACUUUUAAGCCAGCCAGUGAGCAGAGCAAGAUGAAUGAUCUUUCACCUGGUUACCAUCCCCGAUCGGUUUUCUUUUCACCUGCGUCUUCCAAUUCGGUACCAGGUUCACAAUCAACUGAGCAUGAUGGUUACAAAGCAUCGCUGGCGGACAGUCCAGAAGAAGUGAUCAUUAAAGAACGACCCAAAAUUCAAUACGUGAUAAAGGAGAUACCAGUUCCAGUGCAAAUGAAACAACCACGUACUAAGAUUACCGUCCAACCUAGCAUAUCUAUAUCCUACGAUAAAGAUAUCACGAGUCCAGGAACUAGCGAAAGUGCUAUCGGUCAGGGAUACGAUAAUCCUUACGGUCCUGUUGAACUUCAGUAUGGCCGUAGUAAACCGAUAAAAGAACAAGCACAGUCCUUCCAAAGUAUGAAAAUUGUGAUUCCCGAUUCUAAAGAAGAGUCUCACGAACAGGAAACCUAUUAUGAUAGUAAAAAGUACAACCAACUGAUCGGUUCAACGCAUUCUUCCCCGACGCAAUCUAAUGAAAUAGACACAUCCGGAGGAAGUAUUGCGGCUUUAUCGGCUUUAAUAGGACAGCGGCCGAGCGUUCAACUACAGGGACUGAACCAAUUGCUACACAUGCCCGUUCCGAUCAGUAGUACUGAAAAACAGCAUCGUCCUCAAGAUAGCACGGCUCCAGUGACAUUUCCGGAAUCUUCAACACCUACACCCAAGCAAUCUCGACCAGGUUAUCGCUCAGUCCAAAUCGAUCAAGAACCGAAAGUUCAUACAAAAGUCUAUGAUGACAGUAUCUAUCAUACGGUACAAAUGAACCCACAUCUACAGAUACCAUCGCAAAAAGAAUACACUCCUAUCAAAGAAGAUGUGUCUGACGUUUUGGACUCAGAUUUUGUAGGACCCACUAUUGGAACACCCAGCCAUACAACGCAUGUAGUCAGAUCGCAUAACCCAAUUUCGGCUCAAAUAGUGGAACAACACGAAUUCAACGAAGAGGAAGCGGGUCAUGAAACAAAUGCAUAUCGUCACAUUAAUAUCCACAGUACGCCUGCCACUCCUCACAGCGAAUCAAUAUCACAUCAGUAUCAAGAGCAGCAUCACCACCAUCACCAUCCCAGCAGCGAACAUUAUGAUGACUCGGAAGGAUAUGCAUUCGGUUACAGGGUGCGCGAUUUCCACACUGGAAACGAUUUCGGACACGUACAGAACCAUGAUAAUGGUGUAACGCGUGGAGAGUAUCACAUUUUAUUGCCGGACGGUCGAGUACAGAACGUACGAUAUACUGCCGAUGAGAAGGGAUUCCAUGCGGAUGUUACGUACGAAAGUGUUCAUCCAGCAUCACACAGACGAAAGUAGAUGAAGCGAAAAACUUUAACAAUAGUAUUCACAAAUGAUGGGUUUCGAGCACGAAGAUAUUUUUGAAGAUUUUGUGAAGGCUGUUAAAUUCUUCGAACUUAAUUUAAGCUUUUCAAAGUAACGAAAGCUACUUCAUGGAGGAUAUGAACAAGAUUUCUCGGAAGGAAAUGUAACUGUCAGCUAUGCCACAAUGUUAAAAACUUUAAAUAGCUACACUCAUCAUAAGCGAUUGAAAUCUGCUAUACCAUCUGCUAUUCUUUAUGAUUACCAAACGAACUAAUAUCUGUCAAUAUGGCACGUGAUUUUAAUGUAAUUUUAUUUAUAACACGCAGUAUAACAUUGUUGUAUUGGGUAAAUUUGCAGAUCACAUCGCUGUUUUGAUGUUGAGCUAUUUGUUAAGUCUUCAUACUGUGGUUGGAGCUGUGGUUUCGUCAUUUCUUUGGAAUAAUUCUUGGCAACGGCGCAAGUUUCUUUAGAAGUUUAACUUUUGUGUGCUGAUUGUGAUGAAAAGGGAUUUGUGCAAUAUGAGAAAAUUUACUUGGGUUCAUUUCUGCAGCCAUGAAUGAACCGGUAAUUUUCUUUAGUUUUUUAAGUUCGUUAAUGGCUACUAUUACUUUAGUUUAUAAGAUCUCGAUAGUUGUGUUACCGUAACUGUGCGCGGAAAAAAUUUAACGCAAGUAUAUUUUUUGUGGGUAGCGUUUUGAUUGGAUAUGUACACGAAAAUAUCAGAUUUUUUUUUAAAUUUAGAAAUAUUCAGUUCAAGCCAAAUGAACACAGUACCUUUUUUUUAUUUUGUUUAAUUAUGUAAAUGAUAGGCAGGAGAAAAUGGUUAAAAAUCAAUAAACUAAAUUCUAAUUACAUUAGCUUA